GUGCGAUUCGAAAGCUCGCUGGUGCGCGCGCUCUCUCUCUCUCCCGCUCCGCUCCUGACGUCAGCGAGAUUGUCUCUGAGAGCGUCGAGCCCAGCAGCGCUCUCUCUCUCUCUCCACACUGACCCUCCAUUGUGCGCACGCUAACGAUGCCAGCGCUCGCAGCCGCCGUCGCCGCCGCCCAGUAGAGACCUCCCAGCCCGAGGACCGAGCACCACGAUCCUGCUACACAGUCCGAGAGCGCGCGCAAGAGACUUAUGUUCCAGCCCAACGUUGUCUUUUGAGGGAUUUAAUGCUCUAGCUAGUCGCCGACAGGGAGAGAGAGAGUGAGUGUGUGUGAGAGAGAGGGAUAAGGAAGAAACACCGAGGAUAUUUCUCACCCGGACCGUUUUGGAGAUAAAAAAGAGCCGAGGUUCAUCUAGCCAUGGGAUGUACACUGAGCGCAGAGGAAAGAGCGGCUCUGGACAGGAGCAAAGCCAUCGAGAAAAACCUCAAAGAAGACGGAAUCACUGCUGCUAAGGAUGUGAAAUUGCUCCUGCUAGGGGCUGGGGAAUCUGGGAAAAGUACCAUCGUGAAACAGAUGAAGAUUAUCCACGAGGAUGGUUUCUCUGGUGAUGAUGUGAAGCAGUACAAGCCAGUGGUCUUCAGCAACACCAUCCAGUCUCUGGCUGCUAUCGUGCGUGCCAUGGACACACUGGGGCUGGAGUAUGGAGACAAGGAGCGUAAAGCUGAUGCUAAGAUGGUCUGCGACGUUGUGAGCCGUAUGGAGGAUACCGAGCCCUACUCUCCAGAGCUGUUGUCCGCCAUGAUCCACCUGUGGUCUGACUCAGGCAUCCAGGAGUGCUUCAGCCGUGCCCGCGAGUAUCAGCUCAAUGACUCCGCCCAAUAUUACUUAGACAGUUUAGAUCGGAUUGGUGCUCCAGACUACCAGCCCACAGAGCAGGACAUUCUGCGAACUCGAGUGAAGACCACAGGGAUUGUAGAAACCCACUUCACCUUCAAGAACCUGCACUUCAGGCUGUUUGAUGUGGGAGGUCAGAGGUCGGAGAGGAAGAAAUGGAUUCAUUGCUUUGAGGACGUGACCGCCAUUAUCUUCUGUGUGGCUCUGAGUGGAUAUGACCAAGUGCUCCAUGAAGACGAGACCACGAAUCGCAUGCACGAGUCUCUUAUGCUGUUCGAUUCCAUCUGUAACAACAAAUUCUUCAUUGACACUUCCAUCAUUCUCUUCCUCAACAAGAAAGACCUAUUCGCUGAAAAGAUCAAGAAAUCUCCUCUGAGUAUCUGUUUCCCUGAAUACACAGGUCCAAACACCUAUGACGAUGCAGCCGCUUACAUCCAAGCACAAUUUGAAAGCAAGAACCGCUCGCCUAAUAAGGAGAUCUACUGUCACAUGACCUGUGCCACGGAUACAGGAAACAUCCAGGUGGUGUUCGAUGCCGUGACCGACAUCAUCAUCGCCAACAACCUGCGAGGCUGCGGCUUGUACUGAGGCCCGCCCCUUCCCUCUCGAGCCACUUCUUUGGAAAUGAUUAUUAUUGAAAAUGCAAGUUGGUAAAUAAUGAUAAUGAUAAUUUUAAAAUAGGCAUAUACAAAUAUAUAAAUAUAUUAUAUAUAUAUAUAUAUGAAAUGUUUUUAGUUUGUCUUUCAAAGAGCUGCCAACAGAACUGAUUUCUUAUAGAAACCCAGCCUUUAUGGUUUUAGAACAAAGUUGGGACUUUUUUGUGUUGUUUUUUGUUUUUCUUUGCUGUCGUACGUUUCGUUCUCUAUCGGUCUUUAUCGUUUUAACUAAACAACCCUCAUUUUUUUUUUUUUUUUUUUUGGAAAAAUGUCUUUCUUUGACUAUUUUUUUAUGUUUUAUGUAAUUGUAUAUUUAUUACAUGGAUAUCAGUCAGUGGGGAUGACCUGUACAUGUUUGCCUGGCUACAUGAAUUUCCUUUGACGAUAAUGUGACGAUAGCUAAAUCCACGGUUAUGCUAGUCUUGAGCACUACGGUUCAAGUCGUUUGUAGCGUGUCCUUGUUUCGGAUUUUGAAUCACUGUAGUAACGUUAGAUAUCAUAGAGAAUGGAAACACCCAGGCUUUUCUUAUGUUUCGUCUCUAACCCAUCCCCGUCACUUCCGUAGGUCAGCUCUAUGGGGAAGGGUCCGGGCCGCUUGGCAUGCGACCCCGGGGCCUGUCGAACCAGUACAAUGAUUGCAAAUGUCAUAUCAGUGCCAACCUUCUGAGAAUGACGUGUCUGGGAAUUGUCGUAGAAACACUAGGUCACUGUUAUGAGAACUUAUUAACAUUUGUCUUGUAAGGAACUUUUACUUUUGUAUUGUUGUUGAUUAAUUUAUUAAUUUAUUUAUUGAUCAUCUGUCCCACACACUUCCUUUGUACUUACUACACCUCAUCCAUUCUUCUACCUCUCGUCUGUCAUCACCCUUCCCUCUUCAUUCCUUCUUUUUCCUAGGUUUCUUCCUGUUUUAGUUGGCUGGGUAUUGGAGUCCCCGUCACUGAAAGCAUGACCCCUCAGCCUUUGUAUAAAGAAACAGCUAACUGCUUCACAUAGCUAAUGGUGCGAAAAUAAAUAAUAAAACACAAAAUAAAAAGAACCAAAAAAAAGAGGAAAAAAAGAAAAAACUGAAAAGACAGACGCAGCAAAAAGAAUGGGCAUCAUGUGGGCGGGGUUUAAGGGGUGGGCGGGUAGAUGUGGGUGUUCAGGGAAAUGAUGUGGAGGCUUGCAGACGAAGGUCAUUGGGCUGUCAGUCUUUGUAGAAAGCUGUAGAUCCUCCAGUUCUAGAAUCUUAGAAAUAAUUGAGAAAAAAAAGGAUGACAAAAAUAACAAACAACGAUGAUGACGAUGAUGUUAACAAUACCAAUAUCAAUGAUUAUUCUGUAAUAUUAUUAAAGGUAUAUUUCUUGUGCUCUGUAGCUACAGAACUUUUUUUCCCUCUCUCCCCUUUUUUAAAAAAAAGAAAAUAAUUUUGCAAGGGUUCCUGUGAUCCACUCUUGAACUGUUCUUACCGACUUACCCAUGUUGAUGUUGAUGAACUGUACCAAUUCUUUUUGCCUGUUCGCUCUGCAUUGCAAUGUCUUUACUUAGCCUGAAUUACAGUAUAUGUAUAGAUUUUUUUUAUUUUUUUGAUUUAUUUGAACGAACCACUUUUUGGUGGCAUGGCUCCGCCCCUGGUGCCGGAGAGGGCGGGGCUGUGCACGGCUGUACAGAUUCAUGCGCUUUCUCUUGGUUUUUUGAGAAUUGUACUCAAACACCUUCCAGGUCUGCAUAGAAAAGCACAGCUCUCACCUAUCACACGUAGAUUUGGAAAGAUGUAUCUCUCCUCCCUCUCUGCCUUCUAAGUUUGAAAUUCAAAGAAAAAGAGAAAAAAAAACUGUAAAAUUACCUACACCACCGUUGAUUUCGAUUCUCCUUCCCUUCUUUUUUUAAUGCUUUCUUUUUCUUUCCAAGUGAAUGCUUUUGUGCUGCUUUUUCUCCCUCUUCUUUAGUGAAUGGUUGUUCUUUCAUGUGGGAUGUUCGUGCUGGAAAACCAAUCGAAUGUAGUGUUUACAUUAAAAGCCACAGUUUUCAUGACUACAAA